UUAUCACAUGAAUGAUUAAAAAAACAAAAAUGAAUGAUGAUCACAAUGUUAAAAAAGUACUCAACUGAAUGAUGGUAUGUAUUCAGUACUUGUUUUUAUUAGCCUGCAUUAAAAUAUGGUAUUUUAAUGCAGGCUAAUAAAAAUAAGGCAAAAUACAUGCAUAAGGUCAUGGACUAACUGUAAGAAACACACUGGUUUCUGAUCGGAGUGACUGCUGACUGGACAGAUAAGACACCAGGAUAAAUGAAGCCUGGCUGUUAGCCUGGUCUGGAGCAGGCUAGCUGCACAGAAUAAAUCUCAAUGGUAAUUUAUGUGCCACUGCGUUCGUGAAACCGAGUCAAGGCUAAACUGAGCCAGGAUAACUGUAAAACCCCGGCUUAAUCCGUCAUCUUGGUUUUGUGAAACAGGCCUCAGGAGAGCUACAAUAGCAGCUACGAUGCUGCUUGUUGUGUCGCGGACAUGCAGCCACGUUCCCAGUAAAAGUCUCCACCGCACAUUCAGUUUAGUUUAGCAGAUUGCCCGCUGUGUGUCUGCCCGGAUUAACGAUAGCGAUUGGCCGACAAACAGUGUGUGUUUUUGUGCUUCGUUAGCAUCUGUAGCUAUGCUGGUAGCUUUGUGCUCGCUGCCGCUCUGUCAUUGCGGCGUGACUUUACCGAGUCUACGACAGACCGUAUGUGUGUGGCGGCGGGGAGUGUGGGUUUGUCGGUGGCGUUCUAGCUGUGAACGUAGGUGUAGCAGACAGUGUGUGUACAGUUUAUUUGUCGGUGGAUAAAUGCUACGAGGCUACAACUCGCUCCCCUCAAGCGAGCUUGAGAUACCAGACCCAACUGCCUGUAUCUUGUAACUCCGGCUCCGUCUCUAAAGGUGGACCAGCUUUUCUCCUUAAAGAGACAAGCCGCUCCUGAAUUUUUCUCAGCUUUUUAAUUAAUUAUUAUUAUUUUUCUAACCGUUUUAACCGAUAGCGUUAAUCGGUUAAAGUUCUUAACGUCGGUUAACGGUUAAAUGGUUAAUUAUGAACAUCCCUAAAAUAAACUCAGCAGUUAGAUAUUUUGUGUGUCGCCUUUUUCUGCAAGAGAUUACCAACUUGUUUUAAAGGUGUUAUUGAUAACAUUGAUAACAUUCAGCCACUAGAUGUCUCCCUUCUCCGUUCCAUUGCGUUGACUUCGCAACAAGUGGUUGCCUGUUCGUUGUACAACCUGCAUAUUUUAUGAGACUCAGACAGUCAUGUGAAGUGAUGAAUCCUUCCUGGUAGAAUAAUGAACUCUCUCUGCAACGUGUACCUAUACAUUAGCUACAGAUUUAGGUUACUUUGUGUGGUGAUGUUUCAAGAUUCAAGUAACAGUCUAUGGUAAUCUGAGGAUAUGGCUGUCUAGUUUUACGUAACAUUUAGCUUGUCAUAAGCAGUGGUGUAGUGCAGAGUACGCGCAGGUAUACGGCGUAUACCUACUUAUUUUUCAGGCGACUUCUAAAUCCACUCUGGUGCACAUCUUCGUUAUACAUGUUUGAGGGAACUAUAACGUUAAAUGUAACUGGACUCAACUGUCACUAAUGCUAAAAUGCUAACGUAGCUCCUCAGGGAUUGAUGCUGUUAUUUUUCUCAUUUUGACAACCAAGCCAGUGACAACACAUUAGUUAAGGUUGGAAGGAAUAUGGCUGUUGGUAAUUGCUGUUGGUUUUGUUUAAAUUUACGGAAUUGUAAUUUUAUGGGUUAUUGUUGUUUGGAACAACCGCCAUUGCUUCUGCUAACACUGUUCAGAUGCUUUGUUGGGCCAAUAUCCAAUGGGAAGCCUCGCAUGAGCAACCUCGUGCUCAACAUUCGGACUAGUCAUAAUGUCGUUUGAGAUAAAUGCAACUAUUACUUUUCAUUUAACAUAAUACAUUUUACUAGUAUGCUAGACAUGCUACUAGUCAGCCCUACUGAUUAUGUUAAAAGUGCUUGACAUACAGAUUAACUUCCUUACUUCUUUUUUGGCAGGCAUGACAUUGUGGGACUGCAAUGACCUGGAAAAAGAUACAAGAGAAAGACCAAAACCUAGCAGUGACUUUGAAAUAGUUGCAUCUGAAUCAAUUGCAGAUAAAUCUUCAGCGCUAAAGGUUGAAGCCUCUCUGAAAGCAAGUUUCUUCGGUGGACUGGUUGAGGUUGAAGGAUCAGCAAAAUACCUGAACGAUCAUAAGACAUCCAAAAGUCAGGCCAGGGUAACACUGAAUUACAAAACUACCACAAAGUUCCAGGAACUGUCGAUGAGUCAUCUUGGAAGAGGCAAUGUGACGCAUCCGUAUGUCUUUGAUAAAGGAUUAGCAACACAUGUAGUCACUGGUAUCCUUUAUGGGGCACAAGCCUUCUUUGUCUUUGACCGUGAGGUGUCUGAAAAGGAAGAUCAUCAAGACAUUCAAGGUAACUUGAAAGUCAUGAUCAAGAAGAUUCCUUGCUUUGCGAUAGAAGGUGAAGGUUCGCUGAGAAUGGAAGACAAGGACAGAGAAAAUGUUGAGAAAUUCUCCUGCAGGUUCUUUGGAGACUUUUCCCUUCAGAAACCUCCUACAUCCUUUCGGGAUGCAGUGGAAGUCUACCAAAGUCUGCCAAAAUUGCUGGGAGCCAAUGGAGAAAACGCCGUACCGAUGAAAGUCUGGCUGUUGCCACUGACAAGUCUGGAUUCUUCUGCUGCUAAACUCGUACGUCAGAUAAGUAUAAGAUUAGUUCAAGAAUCCCAGAGUGUCCUGGAGGACUUCAGUGAGUUGGAAAUGAGAUGCAAUGAUGCAUUUAAAACCACCACUGCACAGCAUUUCCCACAGAUUGGCAAAAAGAUUAAAACUUUUAAAGAGAUGUGCUCUGAGUUCAGACUGGAACUCUAACGAACCGUGGCAAAGAAACUUCCAUUAAUCCGAGGAGGUGGAGAAGAGGAGGCUGUGCUCGCUGAGAUCUUGAAGAAGAGAUGCUCUUCUCCUUUCAACAGCAAAAACCUGAAUGAGUGGAUGGACUGUAAACUGUGGGAAGUCAACACAUUAAAGUCUUUCACCAACAUGAUGAAAAACACCAAAAUCGUUCCAUCUCAAAAUCACCUGUAUAAGGAAAGCCUCAGUGCAGAGCAUGCUAUGUGCUUUGUUUUCACCUCGCUGGGAAUUGCUGAACCGUACCUCUCAACUUUAUCAAACUACUUAAAACAAACACCAGAUGACCCUCAAGAUCCACGCACUCAGGAUGUAGAGAAGGAACAAUGGUACGCCUCAAAAGAAGUAGUAGAUGUGAUGAGGAAUAAAGCAAAGCUCUUCAGUGACUUUGCAGAGGCCAACAAGGAGAACAAGAACAUUAAAUUCUUGACAGUGGGAUUAACAAAUGAGACACAGAAAGGUUCAAGCAUCUACCUUUAUAAAGAUGGCUUUUUAGUCAAUGACAACUUUGAGCCGCCUUCAAAGCCUGAAACGGUAACAGUAAGUGAUAUAAACCACAACAGUGUGACACUGAAGAUUUCUCCACCCAGAUUUGGAGCAGAAAACAUCACCUCCUACUCUGUUGAGUACUGUGUCACUGGAGAGGAUGGAUGGAAACAGAAGACAGCAUCAACAGCUGCAGAAGUCACAGUGAGCGAUCUGAGUCCUGACACAGAGUAUAUGUUCAGAUGCAGAGCAGUGACCUCAGCGGGUGUUGGGCCAGCCAAUGAAGGUAGUGGUUCCAUUAAAACCUUACCUUGCAGCCCUCCUGGAAAACCUCAAGUUGAACCAAACUCAAGUGAGAUAUCAGUUAGUUGGGAGAAACCUGCUGAGCUUGGACAAGAUGUGUACAUCUUGAGCUACAUUUUGGAGUACGCCGUAAAGGACAACAGGGUAAAAGAGGAAGACGUCCAAUGGAGCCAAAUGAUGUCGAGAGCUGAAAAGGCAAUCAUUUCAGGGCUUCAGUUAGAGACAGAAUAUGUCGUCAGGGUCCGAUGUGAUUGUGGUGUAGCCGGCAGAAGCAAAGAGAGCAUCACUGUUAAUGUCUGCACAACAAAACGUGAAUUUGCACGUCUUGCAGAAUUCCUCAAACAUGUUAGUAAGAGAAAAAAUUCUGGAUCUCCCUCCCUUUACAAACUGCCUCUGACAGAAAACGAUAUGGACAUCGAUGGAUGCCGGAGGUUUAACUUUGGCAAAGAAAGCAUGAGGCAAAAUCGCACAAUAAUGGUUCUUGGAGCGACCGGAUCAGGAAAGUCCACUCUGAUCAAUGGAAUGAUCAACUACAUCGUUGGUGUGGAGUGGAAGGACACUUUCAGAUUUCAGUUAAUUGAUGAGGAUCAGUCUAGAUCGCAGACUGAAAGCCAGACCUCUGAAGUCACUGUGUACAAAGUCAACUACCAAGAGGGGUUUAAAAUCCCCUUCUCUCUGACUGUUGUGGACACACCAGGGUUUGGGGAUACAAGAGGAAUAGGAAGAGACAGGGAGAUCACCGAGCAAAUCCGGAGACUUUUCACCUCAGCCAAUGGAGUCAGUGAGAUUGAUGCAGUGUGUUUUGUUACUCAGGCCUCUCUUGCACGACUAACCGCAACACAGCGGUAUGUGUUUGACUCGGUGCUCUCCAUUUUUGGCAAAGAUGUGGCAGAGAACAUUGAGAUGCUGGUGACUUUUGCAGAUGGCAAGCAGCCACCGGUUCUUGAGGCAAUAAACGUCUCCGGGGUUCCAUGUCCAAAAAAUGACAUAGGGCUUCCGGUUCACUUCAAGUUCAACAACUCUGCAUUGUUUGCAGACAACAGAAGCAGCAGUGACAGGGCCUGUGGCGAAGAUUCUGAUGAGGAUGAUGACGGCAACUUUGACGAAAUGUUUUGGAACAUGUGUGCCAAAAGUAUGGAGAAGUUCUUCACUGCUUUGCAUAAAAUGGCAACCAAAAGCUUGCUAAUGACCCAAGAGGUUCUAAAAGAAAGAAAGCGCCUUGAAACAGCCGUUGAAGGUUUGCAACCACAAGUUAGAGCUGGAUUAGCAAAACUCGAAGAAAUCAAGACAACCAAAGAAAAGAUUAAAGAGCACGAAAUGGUCAUGACUACAAAUGAAAACUUUGAGAUUGAGGUGGAGGUCACAAAGUCGGUCAUGAAACAGCUCACAAAGAAAGGAGAGUACAUCACCAACUGCCAGAAAUGUUCAAUAACAUGCCACUACCCGUGUGCGAUAGCAGAUGAUAAUGAAAAACGUGGUUGCGCAUCAAUGGAUGGGACAGGGAGGUGCACCGUCUGCCCUGGAAAAUGCAUUUGGAGUUUGCAUUUCAACCAGACCUACAGUUGGGAUUAUGUUCAAGUAAAAGAGAAGAAGACGCUGCAAGAGCUAAAAGACAAGUACAAAAAAGCAACGAAAGAAAAGAUGACUAUUCAGGAAGUGAUCGAGAGGCAAGAGGAAGAGAUUGCUCAACUCCAAGACAUGAUCGUGUCCCUCAUGGAUCAGUCGGCUCACUCUAUAACUCGUCUGCAAGAGAUCGCCCUGAGGCCUAACCCUCUGACCACUCCAGAGUACAUCGAUAUGCUGAUUGAAGGAGAAAAAUCAGAGGCCAAAGAGGGUUACACGGCUCGAAUUCAGUCCUUGGAAGCAAUGAGGGACAAAGCAGACAUCAUCUCCAAAGUAAAACGACAGAAACUUACAAAAACACAGGAGGAAUUGUCUGAAGAAAAACAGAAGAGGAAAGAAAAGAAAGGCUAUCUCGAGAAAUUUACAAAUUAUCUUUUUGGAAAUUAAGGAAAAACAUGACCUAAUCAUGUUAGCAGCACUGUGAGGUUCUUAUUACAGUAUAAAUCAGAACAAAAGUGUUGGCUGGAUGAAAAAUGAGUCAAAAGUACAGCCGAGUCACGGUAUGACCAUCAGUAUGUUGACGUGAUUACAAUUCAUGUGUGCAUUUCGUAUUAUUGAUGGUAACAUGCUAGCAUUUUUUAAGGUUUCAUGCUAAAGCUAGCAUCAUAUGUUUGCACUAACAUUUUGAGUUAGCAUGCUGAUUAGAAAUCUGUCUGAACCAGCUGGUGGCGCUAGAUUAAAUCAGUUAAUUAUUGGGAUGAAAAUAAUUAAUUCAUUGCUCCAAAUUUCAGUUUUUAAAUUGGCUAAGAACCACACCAACCUGGAUGUAACCUGAAUGUUUGUUUAAAUGUGAAAUAUUGCUUCUUAUUUGACACAUAUAAUGUCAUUAAUUGUUGCCACACAGAUGUUUGUCCUCAUAUUUUUUUAUUAAUGAUCUAUUUAGUACUUACAAUAUACUUUUAAUAUUUAGAAUCACUCUAACUAUAUGCUAAAUAUUUAUGAUUUGCCAGUUAGAUGUCUGUAACAAAGAUGGUUAACACAAUUUCUGUUUAUUUUGCAUAAUUAAAUUGUAGCUCUGAUGUAUCGUUAGUAGGUUAAAGCUGCUUUAACAUGUGUCCUAUAGUUUAACAACAUGAUGCAUUUUGAGUGUUUUUCUUCUUGUUUUGCUUCUUUUUUUAAAGAAAAGACGUAAAUGAUCUCAUUGAAAUUUGGGUACAUGUUAAUACCAGACAUGGUAGUAAAUACGCUUGGUUUUACUGGAAAACGAGUUUGAAUAUUUCAAUGUUAUGUGAUUGAGUGGUUAUGAAUAAAUUGUAAUAUUUAGUUGAA